UAUUUUGUUUGCCAUUCAUUGACACAGGUAAAGAUUUAUUUAAGCUUUAAAGAUUUAUUCAAGUUUAAAGAUCGUAAUUCCUCGCCUAAGCGUAUGCUGUGUACAGAUUGUUGACUUUAGGAUAAAUAUCUUUGUAUUUUACUAUGCAUAAGGAAUGCGUUUGUGAUAACAGUCAUAUCUGGUGGGCCCGUCUAAAGCGUUCAGGUCCAAUACGUUCAUUUUAAAUGUUUCACCUGAACACACAGUGCCACUCCUUACCAGCUGUGUCGGAAGUGUGUAGGCAUAACAAUUUGACGCAUACCAAUUACUGGAAUCAAAAUGUCGGAUCUUGAAAGUGGCAUGGAAGAUCGAAAUAAAAAUGAGGAGAGUAUAAUUGAUGAGAGACUAAAGGUGGAUUUUACUGAUGUCCUACAUCGAUUGGACGACAUGAAGAUUGACGCGGAUCUAAACAUAUCAGAAGUGACAAAGAUUGAAGAAGAGGAUAAUUCAGAAACCCAGUCAAUAGAGGAACAUUCUUCUGUUUCGGAGAUUGACGAGGAUAAUCACAGUAUAGGCAGCGGUCAGGACGGAAAGAAGUCAGCAAGUGCCUCAAAACGUGAGUCGUCCGAGGACAAAAAGAAAGGAGGGUCAGUGUUAUCCAAGCUUCGGAAACUUACAAAAUUUGACAAAACAAAAAGUACACCAGCGGCAGCCCCUACCUCCAAAUUCCUCACUAUCAGAGUUGACAAACUGCCUCAGAUAUUUGUGGCAAAAUAUCUUGGGAAAAAAGAAGUGAAAGGCGUAUUUGGGCUUCAUCAUGUUCGAAAACCGGUGGAUGAGCUUGUGAAGGUAGUAAAAGACGGUCUGUUGGCAAACGAAAAAGUAGAGUUACCUCUAUCGUAUGUUGUGAUUUCUGGUCGUGGAAUCGAUGUCAGGGAACACAAAUCCAAUAGUGUCAAAGACAAACUUAACUACGGACUAAUACCAAUCGAUUUCAUUUCUUAUGGAGUGCAAGACAUCAAAUAUUGGAAAGUGUUUACAUUUAUUGUGGUGAAUCGGUUGUCCUCAAGAUCCAAAGAAACAGAGUGUCAUGCCUACCUGUGUGAUUCAACGGCGAAUUGUCGAAGAAUGGCCCUAGCUUUGGGAGUUUCUUUUAACGUAUACAGACAGAAGCUAGCUUCACAAGGGAAAUCACACAAUUUCCAGGUGGAAUUAAGGCCUCCAGAUGAACUCGCAGAUGAAUUUGGAAAAGAUUUUGAAGCUUAAAUAUAAUAAUAAUUGCUGCUGAAGUGUAUUAAGAGGAAAUUACUUUAUUACAGUCAUGUGUUCACACACCCCCACCCCCACUAAGUUAUGUACUGCAAUCAGAUAACUUGCCGUUUUUGUAUUGGACAUCAGUGCUUCAAUAAUAUAAUAUCACUAAUUCCAAAAUAUCAUGUUAUUUUGUAUCAUAUUAUAUAAACUACGUAAUAUACCAUUGACAUAAUUUUCUUCUGUUCAUUUCAAGACACCUUAUAUGUAUCACAGUGUGGCAGUUGCUUUCACAAGUAAUAAAAUCAUUAAACUAU